AUGACUCUUUUUUCUGAGUUUCUCAUUAUUGGAUAUUAGGCAGAAGAGUAUAAGAACACUGAAAUCAUGGAGUACUUCCAUAUUAAUGGAUCAUCUCUUCCAGAUUACCUUAGGAAUGUGAGCAUUGUAAUAUUUGGUUUGAAUGGCAUAAUAGAUGUGCUUCACUAGUGGUUUCGAUGCCAAAUUGGAACAGGAAUAGUAAAAGAAAUAGGAUGACAUAAAUAGCAAGAAUUAUUUGCAUUAAUUUGUGAUUACAGAUCAGAGUGGCAAAUUGCGGUACUGCACCUCUCUUGUAGUAUUUGAGAAUUUGAAAAGCGACUUCUAUAUCCCUUUUGCUUACGUGAUUGUUUCCGAACAAUCUAACUUGAUUAGAUAGAAAUCCUACAUGAGAGCAAUGUACAUUGCCAUUUUUGACAGAGUCACAGUAUUCAUUAGUUUAAUUAUUUGCAGAGAUUUAGAGAUCGAGGAUGGUAAAUGGGAUCCUAGAAAUUAUCUAAUCAAUAAUUAUUCGAAUUCUAUUUGUCAGUCGGAAUCACAAACUUAAAUGGAUUAUAUUUUAUACCCAAGCAAAUUAUGAGGACAAGGUAAGAACUCAUAACAGAUCUAAUGAUUAACAAUCCAAGUCAUAAAAAUAAUCUGUACAAUAAAGAUAUCAGUUUCAAUGCUUUAUUUUCUAAAUUAUCAAUCAAAAGCAUAAUUAAGGUUGUGCAAUCAAUAAUUCUUGAAAAACAGAUCAUUUUAUUCACUAGUUAAGUUUGGGACUUGGCAACUAUUGUUGAGGCAUUCCUAUAAUUUAUUUACCCUCUCCAAUGGAGAUGCAUUUACAUACCAUAUCUACCAGCAGAAAUCCUAGAUACUCUUUAUGUCUCAGUACCUUAUAUAAUUGGUGUUCAUAGCAAUCUUAAGGAGAGAGUAUUAACACAAUAUGAUUGUCUUGAUAAGAUUCUGGUCGAUUUAGAUUAAGACAGGGUCAUCGGAUGCAAUUUAGUAUUUAGAGACAUUAAAAUAUUAUUAGAUACUACCCUUUCCAGAACAACUUGUGGAAACCCUCAUAAAUUAGAGUUCUAAAUUUUAAUAUUCUGAUGAUGUAAUGUAAACGUUUGUUAGUAGUCCGAAUUGUUAUAAGUUUAGUGUUGCUUCCUUAAAUUCCAAUUGUAGCUUAUCAACAACAUUGUACCCUACUUUAUAUACUCUGAUAUCCUCCAAUAGAAGCCUAAAAUCGAAGACAUUUUUGAUAAGGAUCUUUAUAUAGAAUAAUUUACACCUUUAGAUCAAGAAUUUUAUAGGGAAUUUGUGAAUAAAACUAUGGUAUUUAUACUUUUAUUGAAAUUUGUAGAUGUUCCCACGUUUUAUUGAAGAAUCCUAUUAGUAUCUACACUAGAAGCAAUUCUUGAAACAAAACAUAAAGGCAAACAUUUUCAUUGACUUACUCUUAUUGAUCAAUACUUCAGGGUACUUCAAUAUUUAUAAAUUACAAAAUAAAGACUUUGAAGCAGGAUUAUUUAACCUGAUAAAUGAAUCCAAAGCCUUAAUUCCGGAAUCAGAGAAAUCCAUUCAUGCACUCUUCCCCUAAUAUCAAAAACAAACAAAUGACUAUCUGAUUCCCUAGAAAAAAUUCCCUAUUCUUCAAAUUGACAAGUCUAAAAUUAUAUAAAUUGAUCCUAUUCAAAGUAACAUUCAUCAUAACUCAUUUAUGCAAAGAAGUACUUAAUCAUAAAAAACUGAUGUCUGCAAUGAAAAUAAAUAAGUCAUUAAUAUACUUACUAUUAAAGCACACUAAAUUAAUCCAUUUUCUAAAUCACUAAUACAAAAUGAGGUUGCUGCCUAGAUUAUUUUGAGAUACCCAAAAAAAUCUUUGUCAAAACUAAAAAAGACUUUGGCUGCCCAAUUAUUAAAAUUGGCCCCUGAGAUCAAUUUAGAACAGAAACCCAUUCAAACAUCCCAAAUUGUGAAUUUCAAAUAGAGCAAACGAAUAUUUAACACUGAAGAAAUAGGUUAUGUAAGUAUGUAUAGGACAAAGACUUAGAAUAUAUUCUGA